GGGUUUUUAGGACUCAGCUAUCAAAAUGGGCAGAAUUUUCCUUGACCAUAUUGGUGGUACCCGUCUGUUUUCUUGCGCCAACUGUGACAUGAUCCUGACCAACCGCUCAGAGCUUAUAUCCACUCAGUUCACCGGUGCGACAGGCAGAGCGUUUCUUUUUAACAAGGUAGUAACUUUGCUGUACAGUGAAGUUCAAGACCGGGUCAUGCUCACUGGCCGCCACAUGGUUCGAGGUGUGAGCUGCAAGAGCUGCAAUAGCAAGCUGGGAUGGGUCUACGAGCUGGCCACGGAAGACAGCCAGCGCUACAAGGAAGGCCGCGUGAUCCUGGAGCGCGCUCUAGUUCCAGAGAGUGAGGGCUUCGAGGAGCAUGUGCCAUCUGAUAACUCUUGAAGAAAAAGAGAAAAAUCCAUCUUUUCCUAGGUCUCCUUCACCGAAAACAAAUCUACUUACAUACACUGUCCACCUUAGCAUCAGAAUCGGAUUCAUGAACUGCGGAACAAGAGG